AAAGGUGCUAGUUCUCAUCUGGCCAAAGGAGCUUCGAGCCUCAGUCGGACCUGAGAAGAACAGCAAUGCUUCCCGUGUUUGUGGUUCUGCUUCUCGGGUGUGUGGAGUUUCUCCACGCUGGACCCUUGGCUUCAGAACCAGCAUUUCAAACCCAGGAGAACUUCGACCUAAACAGGUUGUUGGGGAAAUGGUAUGACAUCGCUUCGGCCUCUGACUGCCCCUGGAGACGCAAACACAAAACACAUUCCCUGGUGGGUUCCCUGGAGCUGCAGCGCAGCGACUCCCCGAACACACUGGACAUGACACGCACCAUGUCCAGACAGGGCGUGUGUAAGGUGAUUACUGGCAGCUACGAGCUGACCGAGACCCCGGGACGGUUCUACUACCACAGUGUCAAGUGGUCAGCCGACGUGGACGCCUACGUCGUGCACACCAACUAUGACGAGUACGCUCUGGUCAUCAUGCUGCAACAGCAGCGUCACGGCAACAAAACCACAUCGGUGAAGCUGUACGGUCGUCAAAGGGAAUUGCGGCCCACCCUGAUAGAAGAUUUCAAGACCCUGGUGGCUGAGCAGGGAAUGAGUGCAGAUACCAUCUCCAUUAAAGAGAACAAAGGUGAUUGUGUUCCAGGGCAACAGACUAACACACCGCCUGAGACAAAGCCAAGGGCGAGAAGAACUGCGGCGUUGCCGACCGUGGAGGAAGGUUCCGGAGAUGACAUGCCUGUGUUUCGAGGAGCGGAGUCCUGCACUGCUAAGCAGGACACAGGGCCCUGUUUUGGGAUGUUCCAGCGUUUCUCCUAUAACUCCUCCCUCAUGGCGUGCCAGCAAUUUGUGUAUGGAGGUUGCAUGGGCAACCAGAACAACUUUGAAACCGAGAAGGAGUGUCUGCAGACCUGCCGCACAGAGGCUGCCUGCAGACUGCCCAUGGACCCCGGCCCCUGCAACGCUGCCCUGGAGCUCUGGGCCUUUGACGCCGCCACUGGCAAGUGCGUAGCCUUCAAGUACGGCGGCUGUAACGGCAACGGCAACAAGUUCUACAGCCAAAAGGAGUGCGAGGAGUACUGUGGCGUGACCAGAGACGGUGACGAGGAAUUUCUCAAAGUCAACUAAAGUCCAACAGUCAAUAAGAGAAAAUAAACUCUGAGCCAUACCA